AUAUGGGUUUUUGGAUACGGGAGCCUAAUCCACACGCCCAAUUUCCAGUAUGACAAGCACGUGAUUGGCUGUAUCAAGGGUUAUCGCCGUGUUUUUUGGCAGGGCUCCACUGACCAUCGGGGUACUCCUGAGAGGCCUGGCAGGACCGUCACGUUGACGGCAGACAACGAAGCAACGGCUGCAACGUGGGGCAUCGCCUUUCAACUGGCUGGGACGGCAGAGGAGCAGGCCGCUGCACUGUCAUACCUGGAAUGGCGUGAGAAGGAGUACGAUGUACGGAAGCUUGUUGACGUAUACGGCAAAGAUGGAGAGGUGUUGGUGCGCGGCGCGCUGGUUUACAUCGCCAGCCCCAACAACCGAAACUACCUUGGCCCAGCGGACCCAAGGGUCAUUGCGGCGCAGAUCGCAACGUCGCACGGCCCGUCCGGGCCCAAUUGUGAUUAUCUCUACAAACUUGCAGACGCCUUGCGUGUUAUGGGCGUCCCUGAUUUAGACCUUUUCAUGCUCGAGAAGUUGGUCCGGGAGGAGCUUUCGCAGCAAGAGGAG